AUGCUUAACAACACAGAAGUGAAGGCGUUCAUCCUGGAGGGUCUAACCAAUGCUCCAGAACUACAGGUCCCCCUCUUUGUCUUGUUUAGCCUCAUCUACCUCGUCACUGUUUUGGGAAACCUGGGGAUGGUCCUGUUGAUUCUCUUGGACACUCACCUCCACACUCUCAUGUACUUUUUCCUCAGCAACUUUUCUUUGGUGGACUUUGGUUAUUCUUCAUCUGUCACGCCCAAAGUGAUGGCUGGGUUCCUUGAGGAAGUCAAGGCCAUCUCUUACAAUGCAUGUGCUGUGCAGAUGUUCUUCUUCACAGCCUUUGCUUCUCUGGAAAAUAUCAUCUUGGCCUUGACGGCUUACGACCGCUAUGUAGCAGUGUGCAAACCCUUACACUACACCACCAUCAUGACCAAAAGUGUGUGUGUGCAUCUGGUCCUGGGCUCCUACCUCUGUGGUUUCCUGAAUGCCUCCAUCCACACUCUGAACACAUUUGGGCACUCCUACUGUCAGUCCAAUGUGGUCCACCAUUUCUUCUGUGACCUCCCAGCAGUCAUGAUUCUCUCUUGUUCUGAUAAACACAUUAGUGAGAUGGUUCUGAUUGUGGCUUCAAGUGUCAAUGUCAUCUGUGCUCUUCUGGUUAUACUGAUUUCCUACCUGCUUAUGUUUAUUACCGUCUGGAAGAUGCACUCGGCUAAAGGUCUGUCUACCUGUGCUUCUCACCUCACUGCAGUCUCCAUAUUUUACGGGACGGUCAUCUUCAUGUAUUUCCAACCCACCUCCAGUCAUUCCAUGGACACAGACAAAAUGGCGUCCGUUUUCUAUGUGAUAAUCAUCCCUAUGCUGAACCCUAUGGUCUACAGCCUGAGGAACAAGGAGGUGAAAAGUGCGUUCCAGAAGAUUUUCCAGAAGGCCACAUCAUCUUUAGGAAUGGGAUUUUAA